CGGCGUGUGUGGCGUAUGGCACUUUUGCGCAUGUGUAAGACGAAACUUUUCCCCACGCCUACAAAGGGGUGGGGCUCCUCCCGGAAGAAAGUCGCUCAGGUAGUGGGAGAGUUGGAGGCGAAGGUGUUUUCCGCGCAUGUGCUCCUCGCUUCCUUUGGCAUUUCAUUGGGCAGCUGAAGCUGUGGUUCUAAGGGAAACGUAGACGUCGAGAUUCUCACCCUGUUCCCCCACCAGCUAUUCAGCAUCUUCCCUCCUUCCAGCUACUUUGUAUUUAUUUUGCAUACAUCAAGCCACGUACCACACCCAUGCCUCUCUUAAUAGACAUUUUUGUGGCCUCGAUGCUCGGGCGCUUUGUUGUUCGUCGUUAUCAGUGGCAUCAACUCUUCUUUCCACGUCCGGCGCUCUGCCCCCCGCGCCACCUAACUGCCUCGUCCAUGGCAGGUACUUAACAAGGGCUUGUACUCUGGGCAGCCGACUGGGCCGUGACGCAAGUCCCGUCGGCGCCUGUCUCACCAAGCGGUCAUUCUAGGCUCUGGUCCAAAUACGAGGGCUGCCUCUGUCCUAGAGAGGGAUUGCAUGAUUAGGAAAAAUAACACGGCCACAGAAAAAAUUACAAAAUGGAUACAAAGUAAUUUUGUGGGUGAGGAGGACUAACUGCCACGGCCGUCGGGACCAGUCUCCUGCAGAAGGAACAGAAGUUUUCCGCGAAGAGUGUGACACAACUGGGGGCCGCAGAGGGAAUAGAGCCGGGCCUUACUCUCUGCGCAUGCGCACCAUGCCACCGUGCACCUAGACUCCCUCCCACCGACGCCCUGAAGGGGCGGGGCUUUGGCUCCUCCUCUGGCCCGGAGGGCUGAUUGGUUGGUAGGAUUAGAGCUGGAGGAGGCGGGAAGGAGGGCUACACGUGCACUGAGGAGCUAGCGGAUUGGGCUGCGGGGCCGCGCGCGUGCGCGCUGGGAGAAUUCUCUCGGGGUGUUUUCCUCUGCUUCCUUUUCGCGCUCAGCUCUGCAUCCUCGCUCGCCGUGGUCCAGGGUCGCCACGAUCAUGUCUGGGUGGGAGUCGUAUUACAAAAAUGAGGGUGAAGACGAGGAAGAGGAGCAGGAGGAGGGGGCUGACGCAGAAGGAAACUAUAAGUAUUCUGGACGAGACAGUUUGAUUUUCUUAGUUGAUGCCUCCAAGGCGAUGUUUGAACUCCAGGCUGAAGAUGGAAGAACUUCUUUUGACCUAACCAUCCAGUGCAUCCAGAGCGUGUACAGCAGCAAGAUCAUCAGCAGUGACCGAGACCUUUUGGCCGUGGUCUUCUAUGGCACCGACAAAGACAAGAACUCAGUGAAUUUCCGGAACAUUUAUGUUCUCCAUGAGCUAGACAUCCCAGGUGCAAAACGGAUUCUUGCGCUUGACCAGUUUAAGGGAAAACAGGGAGAGAAACAUUUCCAGGAGCUCAUUGGCUGUGGCUCGGACUAUUCCCUGGCCGAGGCCCUCUGGGUCUGUGCUAAUCUCUUUAGUGGCGUCCGGCUCAAGAUGAGUCACAAGCGUGUCAUGCUGUUCACCAACAAUGACAGCCCCCAUGGGGACGAUAGCACCAAGGCCAGCAGGGCCAAGACCAAAGCCUGUGACCUCCGAGACACAGGUAUCUUCCUCGACCUUAUGAACCUGAAGAAGCCUGGGGGGUUUGACAUUUCCUUAUUCUACAGGGACAUCAUCACCCCAGGCAAGGAUGAGGACCUUGGGGUUCACUUUGAGGAGUCAGGCAGGCUGGAGGACCUCCUGAGGAAGGUUCGGGCCAAGGAGACCAGGAAACGCUCCCUGGCCCGGCUGAAGCUAAGGCUGGGCAAGGAUGUGGCCCUGACCAUUAGCAUUUAUAAUAUGGUCCAAAAGGCAUUCAGGCCUCCUCCCAUCAGGCUUUACCGGGAAACAAACGAACAAGUGAAAAUCAAGACCCGGACAUUUAACGUAGAAACGGGCAGCUUGCUCCUGCCCAGUGACACCAAGAGGGCUCAGACCUAUGGAGGCCGUCAGAUUGUGAUGGAGAAGGAGGAGACGGAAGAGUUGAAGAGGUUUGAUGAGCCGGGCUUGAUUCUGAUUGGCUUCAAGCCCCUGUUUAUGCUGAAGCAGCACCAUUUCCUCAGGCCUUCUCUGUUUGUGUACCCGGAGGAAUCCCUGGUUAAUGGAAGUACAACACUGUUUGUUGCUUUACUCACCAAGUGUCUGGAGAAGGGGGUGUUGGCACUGUGCAGAUACACCCCUCGCCAAAACAGCCCCCCAUAUUUCGUGGCCCUGAUACCCCAGGAGGAAGAACUGGAUGUCCAGAGAGUUCAGGUGACCCCUCCAGGCUUUCAGCUCGUCUUCUUGCCCUAUGCUGAUGACAAACGGAAGGUGCCCUUUACUGAGAAAGUCACCGCCAACCCAGAGCAGGUGGACAAGAUGAAGGCAAUUAUCCAGAAGCUCCGCUUCAAGUACCGGAGCGACAGCUUCGAGAACCCUGUGCUGCAGCAGCACUUCAGAAACCUAGAGGCCUUGGCCCUGGACCAGUUAGAGCCAGAACAGGCGCCAGACCUGACACUGCCCAAGGUCGAAGCGAUGGAUCUCCGGCUGGGCAGCCUGGUGGAGGAGUUCAAGGAGCUCGUCUACCCCCCUGACUACAAUCCAGAGAAGAAGGCAACCAAAAGGAAACAAGAUGGCAGUGGUCCUGCGGAGAAGCAGCCCAAGCUGGAGCUGUCCGAGGAGGAACUCAAGGCCUACUUUGAGAAGGGCACCCUGGGCAAGCUCACGGUGCCCAUGCUUAAAGAAGCCUGCCGUGUGUGCCAGCUCAAGACUAAUGGCACUAAGAAACAGGAGCUCCUGGACCUGCUCACACAGCAUUUCCAGAAAGCUUGAGGGGCACCAGGCCCCUGUCUUGCCCUGCCACUUUUUUUUUUUUUUUUUUUAUAUACUCUUUCUUUUCUUUGGGAGUAGACUUUGUCCUGGUUCUUCUACUCUUGACAGAUCAUUUGGAUUAUAAGUCUCAAGCUACUGCAGAUUCAGGGAUCUGGACCUCACUCCUUUACAAGUCCACCCUGGCCUUCAAAAAGACAUGGAGGCAGGGCAUCGGACAGUUGCCCCUUUCUGCUUGGGAGCACAGUUCCAGUCCCUAACCUUGCUCCUGCUGAUGCUUGAGGGUGGGGUGAUGAUUCCCCUCCCCACCUUUGUCUUUUGUACCCUAGGCCACACCACAGGCUGACUGAAUGACAGGGAGAUCUCCAAGAAGGCUGUAAGUUCUUAAUAAAUACCCACAAUAACUUGGAUUGGGAAUUUUAACUGGAGGUUUCUGAACUUUUGGGAAGAUGAUGUUCACAUUUGCAUUUCAAUAAUUAGUUGCCUUUGGUCUUCCCCAUUCUGUUUCAUACACUUAAAGCUUAUUUUAAAAAAAUAUAAUAAAAUAAUGCAGUGUUGUUUAAAAAA